CCAGAAUUUUGUCCCAUGCACGCGAUACAAAAGGCGUGUACCAGCUUCUAACAUCUUGUUCUAACCUCUAUAAAUCCUCGCUAAUUAUCAGUACUAAAACACAGACAAAUCUUAAGACAUAACCAUAACUCACACUUGAUGAGCAUAACCACAUUAAUAUACAAAUAAAUGUCUCAUUAUUAUUCUUUCAUUGUCCACUUUCUUUCCUUUUUCCUCCUCCUUACAACCCUCCCAUGUCACCGGUUUCUAACAGAGGCCGCCGGUACCGGUGGCCGGUGGGAGCUAUUGCAAGAAAACAUCGGCAUCACAGCUAUGCACAUGCAACUCCUUCAUAACGACCGUGUCGUAAUCUUUGACCGGACAGACUUCGGUAGGUCAAAUCUGUCAUUACCAAAUGGUAAAUGUCGAGAGGAUCCAACUGAGCUUGUGCUCAAAACUGAUUGCACUGCUCAUUCAGUUGAGUACGAUGUUUUAACAAACACAUUUCGUCCUCUCAUGGUUCAAACGAACGUUUGGUGCUCCUCCGGUGCUGUCAUGCCCGACGGACGUUUGAUUCAGACAGGAGGUUUUAACGACGGCGAACGUAAGGUUAGAGUUUUUAAUCCUUGCAGUACUUGUGAUUGGAAGGAGGUCGGCGAUGGACUCAAAGCAAGAAGAUGGUAUGCUACUAAUCAAAUAUUACCCGACGGUAAACAAAUUAUUAUCGGUGGAAGAAGACAGUUUAACUAUGAGUUUUAUCCAAAAACUUCUGCGCCAGAUGUUUACAGUUUACCAUUUCUAGUACAAACGAAUGAUCGUGGAAUAGAAAAUAAUCUUUACCCGUUUGUGUUUCUAAAUACCGAUGGAAAUUUGUUUAUUUUUUCUAAUAAUCGAGCCAUACUGUUCGACUACAAGGUGGCUAAAGUGGUCAAAACGUACCCAACAAUACCAGGUGGCGAUCCGAGAUGCUAUCCUAGCACAGGAUCUGCGGUGUUGCUUCCAUUGAAGAAUUUACAACAACCAGACAUUGAAGCUGAAGUUUUAAUAUGCGGCGGUGCUCCGAAAGGCUCUUAUACGGAAGCGGGAAAAGGCAACUUUGUCAAAGCAUUGGAUACUUGCGGAAGAAUCAAGAUUACAGACGCAAACCCACAAUGGAGUAUUGAGACUAUGCCUCAAGCUAGAGUCAUGGGUGACAUGAUCUUACUUCCAAACGGGGACGUUUUGAUCGUCAACGGUGCCGGUGAAGGAACAGCUGGAUGGGAAUACGGUAGAACCCCAGUUUUGAGUCCUGUGAUUUAUAAACCGAAUAAUGCAGUAAAAUCAAGAUUCGAGGAGCAAAACCCUAGUGCCAUUCCAAGAAUGUAUCAUUCUACGGCGAUUUUGCUUAGAAAUGGAAGAAUUCUUGUUGGUGGAAGCAAUCCUCAUAUUAAUUAUGAGUUUGGUAAUGAUGUUAUGUUUCCGACUGAGCUCAGAUUAGAAGCAUUUUAUCCACCGUAUUUGGACACAGUAAAAAACAAUCUGAGGCCAAAGAUUAUUUCUCCGACGUCAAAUAAAGCUAGCAUUGGCUAUAACGAGAAGUUAGUUAUACGGUUUAAGGUUACAGAUACUGUUAUUCCAAAUACGGUGUCGGUUACAAUGGUGGCGCCAUCUUUCACAACACAUUCUUUCUCGAUGAACCAGAGAUUGUUGGUUCUUGGUAAUGAGAAAGUCACGAAUGUUGAAACGACGUCGUAUGAUGUUGAGGUUAUCACUCCACGUUCGAGUAAUCUUGCACCAUCAGGAUUUUAUCUGUUGUUUGUGGUUCAUCAGGGAAUACCAAGUGAGGGCAUUUGGGUUCAAAUAAAGUGAAAUUUUGUUUAUGUCUAUAAUCCAAUCAUACAACAUUCAACCGUAGCACGUAACGAGUAGCUGAUAGUUUAUAAUUAUACGUGUUAAAUUUGAUUCGUAUAAGUAUUUUGUAUAAUACUUAUAAGGAUGGUAAUUGUAAUUAUUUAAUUUACUUAGGCAUUCAGUUUAAAA